CAAUUUCCUCCACAGCUAACCACCCACCCACCCAACUCCCUCCAGCCUGCAGGCAGCGAGAGAUAUGGUGUGCUUCUGCUUUUUGGUGGAUCAGAAGAGGACCGUGGGGAGGAGCAAGCCCGCGGCGGGGACGUGUUCGCGCUGCGGCGGAGGGGCGAGCGUUGCCGAUAUGAAAACCGCCACAAGGUUCUGUUACAUCCCAUUCUACUGCAAGUCGUGGAAGGCCAUCGUUUGUACCUUCUGUGGUGCCAUCCUCAAAUCUUACAGAUAGAUAUGAUCAUCACUGCUUCGGCUUUUCUUUCUUUCUUUCUUUUUUUGUCUUUUUUUACUUAUAUAUCCACACACACACACAUAUGGUUACUAGUUUAUAUAAGCAACACAAAUAUAUGAUAUAUAUAUAUAUAUAAUGGGUCGAAUGCUCCUCUCUCUGUGUAUAUAUACACAACAUUAAGCUUACAAAUCUUACUGUCAAUAGAAAAAAUGUUGAGUCGCGUUGUCUUCUUCUUC